AUGGAUGCUGCAUCCGAGACUUCGACUGCUGCCAAGAGGCGGACAAGGCGGAUUCCUGACGAGGGCUUGUUUGACUGGUUCAGCGACGAUGUAGGUGUGUUCCGUCUCCAUCUGGGACGGGAGGCUAGAUAUCGUUGUCUCGAGGCCAUCGUCAAAGGCGCCUUUCCAAAUGAAGCACUCGAUACAGUCAAGGAUCUUGAAAACUUGGGUCGGCGGAUGGGAUAUGACAUGCCCAACACAGCCGACCCCAACCGAAAACAGGUUGCCAUUGAGAAUAUCGUGCAAUCGCCUACCCAGCGAACUCCAACCGGGCCUGAGGUUUCUACUGUCACUACUCAGUCUACGGAGAGUGAUGCUUCUUCAACUGGGGUCAAGUCACAGAGCGAGGAACCCCAGGCCUCGCUAGUUAAAGAUGUUUCUGGUCACGAGCAUUACAUUGGUCCUUCAGGCACACUCAACUUUUGGAAUCAGCUUCGUAAGCUUGUUGAUGCCAACAACAGCCCUCACGAGUCUCCUGGUCGUGAGGGCUCAACAAGGUUUACCCAGGACAACACGUCGCGUCUCCUUGAAGCCGAUGGUCAAGACGACGAUAAUACAGGCCAGCAAGGCUCUGCUGAAGCAGCUCCCCAGGAUGGACUUUCGCCUGGCUCAAUAACUUCUGCUAUUGCCCGCGACUUUACCCGACUUCCAACUGCCGACAUGAAUGAGAUUCUUAGACAACUCCCCUCCAAUGACGUCUUGGAGCAGCUGAUUCAAUCAUACUUCAAGAACGUCCACGAUGAUUUUCCUCUCUUCCAUCGAGCAACAUUCGAAGAUGAGUACGAAUUGUACAUCGUGCAAGCUCGGAGAUAUCCCCAACCUGGACCAUCACGGCGACGCCCGUUACCAGACUGGGGCUGGAUUGGCUGUCUUCAUAUGAUGAUUGCCUUUGGCUCUAUUGCGGACAGAACUAUCCAAGGAGUGGACCAUACAGCUCUUCGGCGGAAAUCUGUCACUGUUGCAAGGGCCCUACUGCCACAAUUCAUCUCCAAAUGCUCACUCACGAAUGUGCGGGUGCUAUUAUUGCUGGCUUUGUUCCUGCACAACAACAAUGAGAGGAAUGCAGCUUGGAAUCUCACGGGCACUGCAACUCGCAUCUCAUUUGCGCUCGGUCUUCAUCGAUCGGACAUGAGUUCUUCUUUCCGCCCCCUCGAAAGAGAGAUUCGGAAGUGGGUUUUCUGCACGCUCUACUCUUUUGAACAAUUCUUGGCUUCAAGUCUUGGCCGACCAAGUGGACUGCAAGAACUUGAUGUCGAGAUAGUCCCACCAAGGGAAGGGUUUGUCGAUGGUGGCAUCGGUACAGAUGCCAAGCUUGUGUCCUGGUCACUCAAGCUUCAAGGCAUCCUUGCAAGAACGCGUCUUCUUCACGUUGGGACGAAUCGUGUCUCCUCGGCACCUACCCUUGACGAGAUUAUGAGUGCCCUGGAAACAUGGAAAAGCGAGAUUAGCAAGGCCCCUGGCUUUGAUGUUCCUUGGGUCAAGAGUUCUGGCUCGGGCCUGACUGACAACGCCAAUGCAAUGGAUAUGGAGGACCUAAAGGUAUCCUUGGCGUGGAAGACGCGUGCUCAACUUCGCGCUGUUCUUCUUUUACACGUUCAGUUUCACUACAUUGCCAUCGUGGCAACACGACCUCUUCUGCUUCGCGAUGUUGCAUUGACGCGAAAGUCACCCACGGAAUCACCGGCGCCAUCUGUGCCUCUUCAUGCUGCUGUAUGCGUCAAGCAUGCUUGUCAGUUGAGUUACUUGAUCAUUCUACUGGACCAUUUUGAUGUUAUCAAUGGUCUUUCUGGUCUCGACAUAUUUUACGCCUAUUGCUCAGCCAUGGUUCUAAUCCUUCGACUACUCCGACUUCGUCCUGGCGAGAGCACUGAAGAUGUCGACGACGAAGAGGCCUCUUUGCAGACUGGAAUCAGGUAUCUCGUUUCGACACUCCGAGGCGUGAUAAAUCGCACUGAAAAAUCAGGAUCCAUGAAGCGACUUGCUCAAGUCGUCGACACUUUUUCCGAGUGUGCAAAUAAUCCCAACGAAGCACCCAGUUCGCCCCCUCCAGGAUCAAACAUCAACGGCAUAACUCAUCAUGCUUCAGGAAUGAUGAGUACCUCUCAGUCCGAGUUUGGUCAAGCGAUGACACUCGGCUCCAUGGAGGGUUUGAUAGACUUUUUGCCUUUUCCUGGGUUUGGCACGAUUGAAGGUUCCAUGACACAGUUUAUGCCAGGAGGGGACGUGACGAUGCCUGAAUGGUCUGAUAUGGAGUUGUUUAUGGGAGGUUUCGGGGAGCAGGGCAGAACAGCAUUUUAG